AUGCGCCUGUCGAAGAAGAGACGGUACCUGGCUAUAAUGCAAGAUCCUACUUUCCAGUGGAGCCUGGCUAUGUCUUCAACCAACGAUUUGAAGCACUGGCCAAACUUGGCUGGGGAAGCUGCUCCACUGCAUGGCUUGUUUGAGACAUUCGGCGUUGGGAAUUGUGAUCUCCAGGAUUCUCAUGUAGCCUCGCAUGAGGCUCGCACUGAAGAUCACAUUGCUCACGCAAAUGUCUCUCACGAUGGUCGCAAUUAUGUCCGAACCUUUGUCGAGCAGUUCGAAGAGAGUAACCCGAAUGGUGUGCAUAUGUGCCUGGGCUAUGAGCCUAUGAGAGAGCCACUGUGGCUGUUUCAAAAUCGGUGUCUGAAUCAGAGGCUUUCUCUGGGUCUCCUGAAGGGUUACAUGAAACUCCUCCUGAAGGGCUUGGAUUACUUACACUCUGAAUAUCUCAAGGUAGAUAAUAUUCUGGUGGGAUUCGAGGAUCCUUCGGUCUUGCACGAUUUUGCGUGCGCGCAGCCAUCCAACCCGAUGCCUCGAAAGGUCAAAAAUGAACAUACUGUCUAUCUCUCACACAACGACUUUGGUCCUCCCAGAUCUUAUUAUAUUCUGCCCAAAAUCACGGACUUUGGGCUAGCCCACCAUCAAAAGGAUUCGUCAGUACUAAAUAGACAUCCAAUCCAGCCUGAUGACUACUGGGCUCCUGAGGUCAUACUAGGUGCUGGUUGGACGUACAGUGCCGAUAUUUGGAAUCUUGGGCUCCUUAUGUGGAACUUGCUUGAGAGUCGGGAUUUAUUCUCUAGGGCUCUUGAUGACAAAGGUAAUUACAAUGCUGCGGCCCAUCUCGCGGAGAUGAUUGCAUUGCUUGGCCCACCCCCGAAAGAGCUUGUUAUUCGUGAAAGAGAGGGAACAAAAUGGAGCUGGGCUCCUGCUACCCAGAAUGCUGAAGGAAAGCUUUGUACAACCGCGUCAGACUGGUUUGGGGGGCCCUUCUUUGACGAUAACGGUAAGCCUUUGCGUAUCUUCCUUUUGCGCCGCUAG